UGUAGGUUUCACGACGCCACCACCGCUUCUGAAUUUGUAGGUAUCAAUGUUGGGUUGGAAAAUAAAAGCGCAGGUCUUUAGCUUAGUGGAAGGUCCCAGAGAGGAAGGUAUGCACAAGGAAGAAAAAUCACAGUAAGGCGUAGGUAUAGUACCCGCAUGGUUACAGAGUUGGUGAAAAUUGAGAAAAUGCAGGAGAGUCAUAGAGAGAUUUCGCAUUCACAACAAGAGAUCAUGCUGCUGGUGGUGAUCGUUGGCGGUUUGGCGCGCGUUGGAGUUGCACAUGCUUGGCGCUAAAACGUGUUCACAGUAUGUCGGUGGACAUUCGCGGCGUCGGUUGCUUAUCGGGAUUAGUUGGAGGCAGUGCAUUUUCGGAAAACCUUAGGUUUCAGAGUGAUUGGAUGUAGUGAUUGCCACAAUGAAAUUAGUUCUAGCGAUUCUUUACAGUCAAUCGUAAUUACUCUUGACGUUUGUUGUGGUAAAAAUUUAAAAAGAAGUGAGCUGUACAUAAUGUACUUAAUUGGCGGAACUAAAGUAAUGUUCCUGGGAGUUCUGAUUGGUUUUCUUCAUAUUGCGGUUGCAAAACGUGUUGAUCGUUCAUCAAAAAGGACCCGAUCGCAUUUAUCAGUGGAUAGUUAUGAUCGUGAAUUGGCAGUCUUGCGCAUGAAAGAUCGAAUCAGGAAAGUGCUCAACGUUCAGAAUGAAAACGAAACUGUAAGUGAACACGUUUUAUCAGUGUUCAACGUCGAAAACAUCAAUCCAACGUACGUGUUUCUUUUGCCAAACGGUGAGAAGAAUGGGAUUCGUAAGUUAAUCUAUCAGAAAAGUGACUUCUUAGAAGCAGAAUAUCCCAACGUUACGUCGCUCAAUAAAUUCAAACGAAGCUUGAACUCCUCGUACAGUGUGAUAAGUGAAGUGGAUUAUCCGGAUGUAAAUUUGAAAUCAUUUGCCAAAAGUGUUGACAACGAAGACGCCGAAGACACGAUGCUGGAAAUUGUGGCGGAUAACAUUAGAACGGAGCGAAAUUUUAUUAAAUUUAUGGAUGACCUGAAUGAGGAUUUGGAAAACGAAUUGAAACGGCAAUCACUGAAGUUUACCCUCAAAUCGCAGAGCAGCUUAUCAGUGAAGAAAUCAAAUCUAUUCACACCAUAUACUUAUGUGAAUACACAAACGGUUGGAUGGGACGAUUUGGGUUUGGAAGGAUGGAGUGGAGGUCUGAGGGAAGUGCAUGGUCAUCGAUAUGAGCACCCAGUGAUAGAAAGACCUAAACCAGAAGAAAUCCACCAUGAGCCCGCUGUAAGUAUAGAUGCCAGUUUCAAUCCAUUGAAGUUCCUUAAGGCACCUGCCCAUACAAAUGCAGUCCAGCCAAAUGUCUUAGUCAACAGCUCAAUGAACACUGCGAUUCCAACGAAGAGCAAAAACCCAGGACUGAUUCUCAGUCCUGAAUUGGAGCAAAAACUGGAAGAAAUAUAUAACAGAACAAAGACGAUACCGGGCAAGCCUCCCCGGUGGCCAAUUACCAACAGUCGUGAUGCACACCGAGAUGAAGACGUGUUCAUAGCUCGUGCCAACAAUCCAUUCGGACACUCCACUAAAUGGCGUUGGAGCAACGAAAGUGAAGAAGUGGAGAAAGACAUCGAGGAAGCGAACCAGCAGACACGAGAAGGUCGCUCCAAGCGGGCGGUUUUCAAUCUAUACUCGAUGAUAAAGUGUGCAACUGGUUGCGAUCCACUCAUCUAUAAAGGAUACGGUUGCUACUGUGGAUUCUUGGGAUCGGGCCACGUGGUGGACGGAAUAGAUCGAUGCUGCAAAAUACAUGAUAAUUGCUACACUACGUCUAAGUGCCCGAUGUUCCUGGAGUACUUCGUACCAUAUCUGUGGAAAUGUUACAGGGGACGUCCUUUAUGUGCUAUCGACCAUGGCGAAUGGAACGGGCCGAAUGCCUGUGCUUCGCGAUUGUGCCACUGCGAUCUCUCGUUAUCCAAAUGCCUGCGACGUUACCAUUGCCCUAGGAAGCGAAACGUUUGUACAACUUCACCACUGCGACUGCUCCAGAACUUGAUUAUGGUGUUCUGAACAUCAAACCUCCCGAGCAAAGAGAUAAGUAUCACCAAAUACUCCUUUGGAUGCCUUUGUCAUCACU